CUCCUUCCAUGGAUCCUACCACUCGCUCCAGGACAGGUCUCUUCCUCUCCUACCGCGACUCCCGCGCGUCUUCGACCCGAUUCUCUCGUUCUAGAAUUACUUUUGACGACAGUUAUGAUGAGCAGCAGCAGCUCAUCAACCACGAUACAGUCGACAUAGAUCUACCUCCGAAAUGGGUGGACAUCUCCGAACAAGUGCAGCUAAUUCUUGCCGACACUCAGGCGAAAAUUACUGCUGUCGAAAAGUUACACGCGAAACACGUACUCCCCGGAUUCACGGACCGGUCCCACGAAGAGCAAGAAAUCGAUGCUGCCACGACGGAUAUAACCAAGAACUUUCGACAAUGUCAGUCCCUAAUUCAACGCAUUGGCGCCAUCUCAGUACCCCAUACAUUCCCCCCAUCACAAACUGAGGCCCAGGCCUUAGAAUAUGAAGUCCAGGCAGCUAAGAAUGUCCAGCGUGGCCUUGCUGCAAAGGUACAAGAAUUGAGCGCCACAUUCCGAAAGAAACAGCGUGUAUACAUGGAAAAACUGCAAGGUCAUGCGAUCAAAAACCAGGAUCUCCUGAUCGCGUCAGGAACCAUAUCACUCAAAGGUUCUGAGGGUUUGAGUGCUGUCGAUGAUGAUGUCGAAGCUGCCACCCACACGCGAUCGCAGUCUCUUUCCUUGACCCAAGUUAAUCCUAGCGUCGACCUCCAGACCCGUGAUCGGGAGCUGACUGAAAUCGCGAAUUCCAUCGCGUCUCUGGCGGAGCUGUUCAAAGACCUUUCUGUGUUGGUGAUUGACCAGGGGACGAUACUCGACAGUGUGGAGUACAACAUCGAGCAGACUGCCGCUCAUGUGAGUGAAGCAGUUCAGGAGUUGAACACCGCGACACGAUACCAGAAAAGUACAGGUCGACGAAAAUGCAUAUUUCUUCUUUUACUCAUCAUUUUUGGGCUCAUCAUUGUUAUCAUUUUCAAACCUAAGCGACAUCUGUUAUCACCACCUACCCCUUCGGAACCAAUACCUUCAUUACCCGGUGUAGAUUUUCUGUCGGAGAAAUCAGCAGAACGUUCACUGCCGGAUAGCAGGUUUUUGCGGCUGUCUAGGAUACAUCGAUGGACAAAUACAUAGGCCUGGACGCGGAAUAAUACUCUGUAUUUGUACAUUUCUUUGUCACGCGCAAGAGCUAGGAGACGAAAGAGACGCGGGUGUAGAUAAGCUCUCAAGGAACUCUCUCAGUCUGAUCCGUAUCGAUACCGCGCACGUUCAGCUGAUUCGUUAUUUGACGCCAAUUUCUAGUAAUAGUAAAUACAAGCCAGAGG